UCUGGAGGAGUUGAGGGCUCUCCUUCUCCUUCUUCUCCUCCUUGUUUGCCUCUCCCUCCUCCUUCCUUGGCUCCCAGAGGGCCCUCAAAGGCUCCCAGACUGUAAUUAGAGGGUGGAUCCUGCAAGGCAGAGGAGCUCUCCUUCCCCUCACAAAUCCCGUCCCUUCUCAACUCCACAGACCAACUCCUUUUCUUUCUCUUUCCCCCUCCUCCCUUUUUCUUUCUUUCUUUCUUUCUCUCUCUUUCUCCCCCCCCCCUUUUUUUUUUUUUGGCUUGCCUCUUUCCUUUCCCCCUCAGAAAUCUGCUGCAAAGCCCUGAGGCUGGGACAGGGAUGGCAUCCCCAUGGCCCCUGCUGCUGCUUGAGGUAAUCUCUCUGCUUGAGAGACAGACAGACUGCGGUGGAGGACCUGGGCUUUGAGAUAUCUAGCCAUAUCUAGAGAUAGACAACUAGAUAUAUAUGCAUAUAUAUAUAUAUAUAUCUCCCACCAAGUGGAAGAAAGGAAAGCCCAAACGGCCGGCCAAGGUGGGGGGGAAGGAAGAGAAAGAGUGAGAGAGGAACAGAAAAAGAAAGACAAGAAGAAGUUCACAAUGGCACCAGCCCCCUAUCUAUGUUGAUGGACGCUUGCAGUAAAUUUGGAAGUUCUAGUGUGGUUCAGGAUUCAUCUUCUUCUGUAAAAGUUGAGGACAAUUUGGGGAAGAAGCCUUACCUUCUGGGAGUGGAGCAGCCCUUUGCUGCAAAAGUCUGGAGUACCGACGGCAUGGGAGAUUCCUAUACAGCCACUUUCCCCAACGGGAACGGACUGAUGUCUCCUUCGGCAAGCCCACAGGCUUCCACCACUUACAGCAAUGAUUAUAGCCCUUUCUCCCAUUCCUUCCCAGCAUCACCCUCAUCUCAAGACACAUCAUCCCUGCUGGUGUCCAAGGGGCACCCCUCCUCUGACUGCCUGCCUAGUGUCUACACUUCUUUAGACAUGGCACACCCAUAUGGCUCCUGGUACAAGGCUGGCAUCCACCCAGGCAUCUCUAGCAGCUCCAGCAGCCCCACGGCUUCCUGGUGGGACAUGCACUCCAACAGCAAUUGGCUGAGCUCUCAGCCCCAGUCAGACGGACUCCAGAGUUCAUUGCAGUCCAUGCCCAGCCAGACCCCCAUCAGCCCUCAGCUGUCCAGUUAUACUUCUGAAUUCACCACUUUGAACCCUGCUCCAUACCCAGCAGUGGGCAUUACAUCCUCAUCUCACCUCAUCCCCUCCAGCCAACAUGUGCUGCCCCAAGAGAUGUACAAGCCCAAGCCGGUGGCCAACAAUUCCCUGAUGGAAGGUGGGAUUGGACUGAAGUCUGGGAGAGGUGGUUCCUUUGGGAGCACGGCAGGGAGGUCGACCUGUGACUGCCCCAACUGCCAAGAGCUGGAACGUCUUGGGGCCUCUGCAGCCAGCUUGCGAAAGAAGCCCAUCCAUAGCUGCCACAUCCCAGGCUGCGGUAAGGUCUAUGGGAAGGCCUCGCACCUCAAGGCCCACCUGCGAUGGCACACUGGGGAACGCCCCUUUGUCUGCAACUGGCUGUUCUGUGGCAAGCGCUUCACCCGCUCGGACGAGCUGGAGCGUCAUGUCCGUACACACACCCGGGAGAAGAAGUUCACCUGCCUGCUCUGCAACAAGCGCUUCACGCGCAGCGACCACCUCAGCAAGCACCAGAAGACCCACAAUGAGCUGGGGGUCAGCAAGCCCCCUGAAGGGGACACCGAACGGGAAGAGGCUGCUGUCACAGUGGCUAAUUCUCCCAGCACUGGCCUGCAAGAUGGCCUACCUGGAGACGAGAAAGAUGCCACCAGCCCAGAGCAGAGCAGUCUGCUGGAAAUCUAGGCUGGGUGAUAUCAACCACAUCACUGUCAUUAUCUUGGCAGCCAUUGUUGUCAUCACCCUUUCUUAUUGCCUCUCAGCUAAAUAAUUUAUUUCCUGGAGAAAGCAGAGUCACGUGGCUUUUGGCCUUCCGGAUGAGAUAUUACCAUCAUGUCCAAUUCCUAUCACCUUCUCCAAUCUCUGAAGGAAAAUUAGCUGGAAUCCUUGGUGGCCCUUGACUUUGUUGACCAAACAUAUCAGAGGCAAAUUUAAAACUGCAUCUUCCACCAUUCCACCAUUCUCUAUGUUUUGUAUGUUAUUAUAUAUCCAAAGGCUUUCCCUGCCUUGGUUCUUUGUAUAAUCUAUCAAGAGAAUGCACAAUAAAUAUCCAUGAACAUGAAGGGCUAGCUAGUUAACAAGCUAAGCAAGACUGAAGUGGGUUUUUCUCAGGGCAUGUAUAGGACUCAUUCUCCAUCUAGCAUAACUCACUGAGCAUUUGAUUUUGAAUGCCUCUCCUGACUUCUUGUAGUGAUCAGACGAAAGAAAAAGGUGAGAGUCUUGGACCUGUUUUGAGACUAUGGUAGAGUAAAAACGUGUCUCUAUGGAACAUGCCACACUGUUCCAGAAGUCAUAAAGGAACAAAUGCUAUCUCUACUUUAAGAUAUAGAAAAUAGAUCCAGAUUCUGAAAGGGUUCCUGUAUCUUCAAGGACUGCAAGGAAGAGAAAAUGUCAACUAGGUGUGGCUUUCCAGGUACACUUCGGCACUGGUGCAAAAAGCCUACCUACUGCCUACUCUUAAUAGUAUAGAAGCCCUCUCAGAAUAUGGAUGUGAAAUUCCAUGAGUGAGCCUCCUUUUUAAGUUUAGGAGCCCUUAGUUUGGAAAAGAGGCAUCUAUGCAGAAAAAUGCAAAGCUUUGCAGUUAAAAUCGCGUUCCAUUUAAAGUUAAUUACAUUAGCAGGUCUAGAAAGUAGUUAGAGGACAGUUUUAAAAGGGGACAGGAGGGCACCCCAUUGUAUAGCCUUCAUCCCACUGGUCCCACAUAGCUGGGGGUCCAUCCUGCCAACAGUACCUCUCCUGGCCCUGCCUAUCAGUGAAAUGCCAUUCAUCUCAUCUGGGUGGCUAAGCAGCGAUACAAUGAUACAUUGAAGAUGAUAUCUGUGUUUUAUUGGUGCCAGCUAUAUCUGCUCUUGGACUUUGGUGCACAUGCCACAAACCAAACUAAGAACACAGAAUCAGACAUUGCCGGGAUAGAUACUGCCAUUUUUGGACAUGGUACCCUGUAUAGGAUUGUUAUGCCAGUGAUAUCCAGAAAAUACACAUGUUCUUCCAAUGUUCUUUGCUACACAGAGGUAAAGAGGGCUGAGGGAAAGAACUAAGGGCAACCGCUCUGUAGGAGUCAAAAAGGGGGCACAUGCUGUCCCAUAAAGGUGCUAUAAGACCCUUGGGUCCUCCUCUCCCUAUGUAUUUAAUCUAGAAGUAUAUUUAUGUCUUAAAUUAUGAUGACAAAUAAAUAGAGGGAAGGAGGCAACUGAGUUCUCCUAGAGGCCUCUUUAAGUGCAGCAUCUAUUAUCUAUACAGGGUUGUUUCCCUGUUAACUGGGGAACCCUCUCUGUGCAAAACAACAUGAUCUAAUUUUUUGCUGUUUUCCUUCCUUCCUUUGCUUCAUAUGGUGAAACAAAAUGAAAUAUUUAUAAUCUUGUAAUGCUUUUUUAUUCUUGGGAUUUUAAAAAUAUAAAAAGGAUCUAUCAUCAGGAUUUGAAAAACUGUGUUAAUAUUAGACUAAAUGGAGGCAGGUAGUCAACUGCCGUGCGCUCAGAUUUUUUGGAAAAGAUAAACUUUGGUUUGCUUUGGGAAGCUGACCACUGGCAUAGGGCUGCCUCAUCAGUGAUGGAGACCCCUUGACAAAGGUCCCUAUUAUUUGGGGGCAUUAUUUUGCUUCCUAGAAGACUAUGCUCUAUAGACAUAUAUGGCUAAUUUCUUUGUCCUUUUUUUUUAUCCACUUGCUGCUUCUGUAUCCCUCUGAAGGCUGCUGGAUGUGGGAAAGAUCUACAUGUUACACUUGACAAGAGGCUGCCACUUCAAGGUUUCCAAACUGAAAAUGAGAGGGCUCCUGUACUCUAAUGGUUGUGUAGAAAAGGGAAUUUCAGCAGACAGUGCUUUUUAUGCAACUGGGUAACAAGCAACACCUACUAAAAUUCCCUCUUUCACACAACCAUUUAAUGUACAGGAGCCAUCUCCAGUUUUCAGUAUGACAAACCUAAUUGGACCCUUGUGUUUCAUUCUCCUCUUCUCUUCUGCAAGAUGUGGUCACAGUUAUUCAUAUUGUGACAUGAUGUUGCAUAUUUCCCUGUUCUGCCCAACUGCAAUCUCAAAUCAUUUAUUGGCUGCCAUAAGAAGCACAUAACAUGGAGAUGUCCUAACCUGGAGAAGUGUUUGAGUUGGGGCACUAUUGUUAAGCAGUAACAAUAGGUAUAGUUCAGUAUUUGUCUAAAAACUUAUCUCCAGAAGGGCAAACCAAUACCCUAAAGGUUGCCUGCUCAGUGGAACAAAUGACUUGGAAAUUAUAUUGUUUUUAAUAGUUUGAAUUUUGCUUGUUUUUAAUUUAAUUAAGAAUAAAAUAUAAGCUAUGUUUGUGAAAAAAAA